GUGGUGCCCGGCUGUCCCGAGAGAUGUGUCCGGCCCUCACCUUGUGGCUGCUGGCCGCAGCCUGCAGCGUAGCACCCACUCUAGGGGGCGACAACCGUAUUUUGGGGGGCGAGCCGGCGGACAUCUCGCAGUUCCCCUGGCAGGUCUCCGUGGAGUAUGUGGAGGCGCACCGCUGCGGCGCCUCCAUCGUCAGCGCCAACUGGGUGAUGACGGCUGCGUGGUGCAUCUGGGGCACCGAACCAAUGUAUUACGUGCUGCGGGUCGGUACAUCUAUACGCGAGAGUGGCGGCGCCACAUACACGGUGUCCGAUUUGUUCUGGCACGAAGAUUUCGAUUAUGUUUUGACGGACAGAGACAUUGGUUUCUUCGAGGUCUCGGGCUCCAUCUCGUUUGACGACAACGUUCAGGCUGUGGCUCUGGCUACUGAGGAGCUCGAGGCCGGCACCACCGUCACGGUGAGUGGCUGGGGUAGCCUUCAACCUGGGGUGGACUACCCGGAGCAGCUGCACGCCGUCAACACGACGAUCAUCGACCGUUCCUCCUGCAAUGACACCUACGAAGGAAUAGUCACGAAGAACAUGAUUUGCGCUGGUGAGCCAGAAGGCGGCAAAGACGCUUGCAAUGGUGACAAAGGUGGUCCACUAGUUGUGAACUCCACACAAUACGGAAUCGUCUCGUGGGGCUAUGGCUGUUUUUACCCGCCAUAUCCAGGAGUGUACACCAACAUCGUUUCCCUGCGCUCUUGGAUUAACGAAACAAUCGGCGUCUGAUUGACUGCUUUUCACUUUCAAAAAGUUACCUCAUGUAACCAUACACACAUUGAGGCAUAUAAAUGUGCACAUGGCCAAGAAUUGUUUUAGGUAUGUACCUUCAGCAAACUACAGGAUAUUUUUUAUUUGAUUAAUGAAAUUAAUCUGCGCCUGAGCCCUCAUUAUCAAAUAAAAGAAAAGCUGUCUUUUUUCCAAAGA